CAAAACAGAUAGCCUCCCCUUUCCCCCCAUAAAUUUGUCUGCCCUUCUAGGGAAAAAUGUUUCUUCCCUAGCUGCAACCGUAUCCUCCACGACUGACAUCAAGCAGGGUUCUUUUACUCUUACAUCAUAGUACAACCCGCACCCGCGUUCUCUAUUCGGUUUCACGAUAUAAGACAAUGUUCACCAUGUUGAUGACAUCAACGGCGCAACAGCCACCGCUUUCAUCGUCAGGACGAACAGGCGCCCUAGCGCUAAUGGCGUUUCUCUCCGGGCCGAUCAGUGUAACUCCGGGCAGAAGUACAACCGCACCACCAGUGAAGACUAGGACCAACAAUGCUAGCAGUGGCGCAGCUACAAGUUUGCGUCUGACCAAACAAGCUGUUCCCCCAGCGAGAAACAAAGCCAGAGCGCCAGAGCCACAAGAACCCGCGGCGAGUUCUUCCUUGCAGAUCGAGAAUAAAGCAGGAGUUCUGGAACGGCGUGGACGGCGAGAGACUACUACUAACGCUCAAAGACGGGGAACUGCUCACGCAACAGCAGCAACAGGACGUCGAGCCACCACUGCAGCAGAACAACAUCUUUCGAGCCUGACCUCCGCAAGUCGUUCGAGAGGCAAAAAAGGCGCGGAGGCCGGGACCGACGCGCACGGGAACCCCUGCAGUGGCUGGGGGCACAGCUGCGCGGACACUCCGAACUGCUGCGACGCGGAUCGGGCGUGCUAUCCGGACAAGCUUUCAAACACCGCCUGGUGCCUGAUUCGGCCAGAUUCGGGCGUGGCGGGAGAGCAGGGGGUGUGCGACAGCAGCAAAUUUGAAUGUGCUGCCCCGCUCUCGUCGAACACCGUCCCGCCGAGCAACUCGCAGACGAGCACGGCGCCACCGACGACUGAGCAGCCUGAAUUCAGUGGCGGAGGUGAUCCAGAAAAAAUGCAGGUGGCUGGUCUUGGCAGGUCGGGCGGCUCCGACAAUACGGGAGGACAAGAACAGCACCACGAGGACGGCUCUCAAGAGGGCGGGGAUGGCUCCGGCACCGGCUCGGCUCAGCCCCCGCCGAUCCCAGGAGAGGUCGGAGGCGGCGGGGACGGCGAACAGCCUGGUGGGUGCUGCAGCGAUAUCGAGAAAAGGGUCGCCGCCCGGCCGCUCGCCGACACUGCUUUGCCAGUGUCGCCCGAACAAGAUACUGGAUCAAGCGGGACGAACACCGCGGGUCACUCCUUUUUGGAGACAGGAAGAACAAUGCCUAAAGCGGGGUCGCGUGGCACUUUGCUGCAGGAGGAGGAACAACCUUCUGUGCUACACGGCAUUGAUAACCAUCUAGCAUGGGACAAGGUUGAGAAGAAAGGGGCAAAAACGGAAGUCAGUGGAGGAGAUAAGCAGCUGCUCCUUUUAGAAACAAAGGGCAGGAGAUCAACGCAGGGAGCAGCCAGCUCGCUCAGCACUAGUACUAGAGGACAUGACGACCGAGCGGUUAAUACCGAAGACAAAUCGAGCAGCAUGUUGGACUUCGCCAACGCAACCCUACCGCUUCCCACUUCUAGCAGCAUCUUUCUUGCAGCUCAGGACAUCAACGCGGCGGAGCAGGAGGAGCAAAGAACUUUGGUUACUACAUCCCCUGCUCGAGAAGGAGUCCAGGACACACAGCAAACCUCCUUCGCUUCAACAGCAUCGGAGUCGCUGCAUUCAGAAACCUCCGAGGUGAAGGCACUUACAUUCGCCACCCUACGCGGAGGCUGGAACCACUGGGGCGAAUGCCGGUUAGGUCAUGAGCGAUGUGGUUAUAACUACCAAGCCCGCAACUGUUGCGAUGGGGACCGCAAGUGCUACGCGAAAAAGGACGGCUGGGCGAGUUGCCUCGUCAGCUGCCAUUACUCGGACUGGCACUGUAACCAGAACCUCUGGUUUUGGCCGCCGCACCCCCAACCUCAGCCACAACCGCAGCCACAACCGCAGCCCCAACCGCAGCCCGCCCCCGUGCCCAGCACAACUCCGACCCCACCCAGCACAACACCGGCCCCAGUGCCCAGCUCCAGCACAACUCCGACCCCACCCAGCACAACACCAGCCCCAGUGCCCAGCUCCAGCACAACUGCAGACCCCGGGCAAGGCGAUCCCACAACAACCACGCCCAUGAUUCACAGCUGCGCCACGAAUGUGGAGGACUGCAAAAUCAAGGCAGAGGUGACGGCCUACCCGUGCUGCGACGAUAACCGAAAGUGCUUCGAAAAGAACGAACAAGAGGGGGGGCGGUGCCUCCUGUCCUGCAACCCGCAGGGCCCUGAAUCCGACUACACCUGCACGCCCAUCGGGGAUCACAACACCCCUCUGCAGUCCUUCAACCCCAUGCUCCCGUCGUUGCGACAGCAGGAAGGUCCGCCCCCCAGUGUCCCAACGUCGCAUAAGGAGGAGCAAGGGGAAGAAGUAGUGGCGUUCAACAGCACCGACGACCACACCGUGCUUGUCCCUGAGCAGGAGGGAGACGAAAACGCGUCUUCUUCGUGCUGCAGCGGCGAGAACGCAGAAGUCGCCAGACCGCUGGAUGGUACUAGCGCCAUCGGUGAGAGACCCCCGGUGGUGCACGGGGACCUGCGCGAGUACCGCCGGACAGCCGAGCCUCUGGGGGAGUCGCUGCACUGGUGGUGGGCCACGGUGCCCAUCCCACCGGAGGAGGAAAUCCAAUCUUUUCUGGAGAUGAACAAAUCUUCAACGCGGAUGUUGAAAUCCGGUACAUCAGACGAACCUUCAGAAGAUUCCGCACGGCCAGAAGCCCGGUUCUUGUCGACGGAUGAAGUCAACAUCUCGCUGUACACGGAUGGUACUCUUCAUGCGCCGGAACGGGGUCGUGGCGUGGUCGCAGCUUCAUCAACAAAAGCGAAGGACGCCGCGCUUGACGAGCGAAGUGCCAAGAAAAUGCGAGAGGUGCUGGAGAAUGAAAACCUUCCGGAACAAGUAGACGGUGCCGGCGAUUCGACGAGAGUAGUGGUCUGAGAACGAUGACCUAUCUGCAUUUGCUGACUAAGCUGUUUCUGUUUGAUAUUACUCGUUCUUAUCACGCAUAUAGUACGUAUUUUGAUACUUCUACUGGUGUUGUACUAGAAAUAUUUUUUUUUUUCCCAUCAGAUUCAGAACUUUCUCGUUAACCAUUUUAGAAAUUCACGCUAUUUUUGUCACCUACCUGUAGCCCCAAUUAAUUUUCCCUUGCCGAUGAUAUAUUUAUCAGCUUUCGAUCAAACUACGAAGAGGAAAAACCAACUCCCCUUUAGAUCCCCAAAAGCACGUUAGUACACACUGACUCUAACGCAGUUUCUGUUUCCCCCAGCUACGUUGCGCUACUGAAACUAGUAGGUACUUCGUUUGGAUUUUGCAUUGCAAAUCAUUUUACUAUGUAAGUACUCGAACUAUAGACAAAAAAAACAAUGCUGUGUUGAUGAGGCGAGCG